CCACACCUUUCUUCGUCAUCACAAUUCUUCAACAACACAAACACAAAACUCAAACUCUCCUCGAAACCUCUUUCUCUCUCUCUACAACUUCUCUCUCUAAAACAAACUUCGCUCCAACUGCAGAAAUGGCGGCAAUGCCCACAUCUCCAAUGAACCUCAACAUGAUUGACUCUAACUUCGAAGUUGACAAGCUCACAAACGAAAUCUUCUCCAUUCUCGAGAACAAUUUCCUCUUCGGCUACGGCGACGCCGAAAAUCGCACCAAUUCCUUUCAAAACGCGAAACCGGCGAAACACACCGCCGGCAAAGUCAGGAUCCUCUGCAUUGACGGCGCCGGCGCCACUGAAGGCAUCCUUGCCGCAAAGUCCCUUGCACACCUGGAGGCUUGCCUUCGCCGCAAGUCUGGCGACGCGAACUCGCGCGUCGCCGAUUUCUUCGACGCUGCUGCCGGCUCUGGUGUCGGUGGUGUCCUCGCUGCUCUGCUCUUCACUCGCGGGAAGGAUGGCCAGCCGCUGUUCACCGCGGAGGAGGCGCUGAAAUUUCUCUCUGACAACCGCCGCAAGAUCUCCCGCCGGCCGGGGAUCCUCCGUCGAGUGCUCCGGCCCGAGUCCAAGGCGGAGAAGCUCUUCCGAAAGACGUUCGGCGAGUGCACGCUUAGGGACACCGUGAAGCCAGUGCUGAUCCCGUGCUACGACCUCGUAACGCGCGCGCCGUUUGUUUUCUCGCGCGCCGAUGCGCUGGAAAUGGACGGCUACGAUUUCAAGAUGAGCGACGUGUGCGCUGCAACGUCAGCUGACCCUUCCUUCGCGGGCCCCACCGUGAUGCGGUCCGUCGACGGCAGGACGAAGAUAGUGGCCGUCGAUGGAGGCGUUGCGAUGAACAAUCCAACAGCUGCCGCCAUCACGCACGUGCUCAAUAACAAACACGAGUUCCCUUUCUGUAACGGCGUCUCUGACCUUCUCGUCCUCUCCCUCGGCAACGGAGAGUCAGACUUUAACGCCGUUAAAUCACCGUCUGGUUUCGUAAAGAUAGCUGGCGAAGGUGCUUCUGAUAUGGUUGAUCAAGCCGUAUCAAUGGCAUUUGGUGAUUGUCGGAUGAACAAUUAUGUGCGGAUUCAGUCAAACGGUGUUAUGUCGAAGGCGAACAAGGGCCCGCAGGUGAAGUCCUGCAAAUCAGAGACGGAUUUGUUGGCAGUUUCGGAGGAGAUGUUGAGGCAGAAGAACGUUGAAUCCGUUUUGUUCAAAGGGAAGAAGGUGGCUAAUAACUCCAACUUGGAGAAGUUAGAGUUGUUUGGGGGAGAGAUAAUUAAGGAAGGAGAGAGAAGAAAAACCAGCAUUUUACCAACUGUGGUAUUGAAGAACAACAACGCCUCACCCUCCCCCAGCAGAACCUCCUCUGCCACAACCUUGUCCACUUUGUCUUCUAAUUGUUGAGGGAGAAUACAAACAAUGGAGAUUAGAGGGAAGAACAUCCAAAGUUAGAUUUGAUUGUUGGGUUGAAUUUUUAUGCGAGUUUUUAAGUUUGUGGUGUUGGGUUAGCUGCCGCUUGGGACCAAUUAAGGCAAAUUGAGACUGAGCUGUGCAGAACCGAAUCCUUACUACUACUUCCACUGCCUUCCUAAAUUAUUUUUUUUUCUUUAGUUUUUCGUAUAUAUUACAUGUAUUUAGUGAUAGUGAUUUGUGUAAAUGGCUAUUGUCCCGGAUGAAUUUUGGUUAAGGUUAGAGCUGUGCUUGAUUUGUAAGAGAAAAAUGUACUUUCUGUUCGGUAAGAACAUCUCAUAGUAGUAGUAUUGUGACUGAAUGAAUGCAAUGAAAAAAAACACUGAUUUUGGAAA